CUGUAGUGUUGGGAUCAGAAUGCAUGUUGCUGCAAACGGGAAAUGAUGUCUGGGUGGCUGCUCCUGCUAGUCCUCGGGUGGGCCGUCGCGUACUCGGUGAUAUACACUUCAUCACAAGGCAAUGCCGCCGCCACAGAUAGCAACAGUCUGCACGUACUUCCGGCCUACGUAUCCAAGGAAUUCACAGGGCUGAAUGAGCGGGUGUUCCAGCUUGGUCGUCGGCAUCCCAUCGCCCUCAAGGCAUGGUUUACCGCUGGCAGUGUCGUAGCUGCUGUUCUCAUGGUUGGUAGCACCUUGUACCUCAUAUGGAACGUGAUGUUACUCGUCGCACGGCGUGUGGUGCAAGUUGACGUGGAGGCGCCGCUGUCGUCGACGUCUGUGAUGAUUCCCGGCGUGACCAUGCCACUCGACGCCAUGUGGUACUUGUGGAUUGCCAUCUUCCUCGCAGCUUCCUUCCAUGAGUUUGGCCACGCGCUGGCGGCGGCGCUGUGCGAGAUUCGCAUGCUGUCGGUGGGGAUCUUCUUCGCGGUGGUGUUUCCUGGGGCGUACGUCCGCUUCGACAGCUACUGCAACAUUGGUGUGAUGGACCAGAUCAAGAUCCAAAGCGCGGGCAUUUGGCACAACGCGGUAUUGGCGCUCAUCUGCAUGCUGCAACUCAUGCUGUUGCCGUCUCUGCUGUCCCCGUGGUACGCCACGCACCAAGGUCUGACGGUGACUUCGAUGCCAGAGUUUUCCAUCUUUGACGGGCUUGUGGACAUUGGCAAUGUUGUCGUGUCCUUGGACCAUGCGCCGACGUUAACUUUAGCCGCGUGGAAGAGCGAGAUUGCAACGCUCACGGGGGUCGUGGACCAGCCUUAUGCGACAUGGAAACCAGUCGGCUACUGCAUUCCCAGCCUAGACCUGGCCUCGUCUACUGCUGACACGUCGUGCUGCCACGUGGACAACGACAACACAGACAGCGCCUUGCAAUGUUUUGCCCACGGUGGCCAAAGCAACAACGAACUCGACCCAUCGAAGAAGCUUGUGUGUCUGGACGGAAAUCAGGUCGGCGGCGUCUCCACCGCUCGUUGUUCCUCGGACGAUUCGUGUGGUUCGGGAAGCGAGGACAGUAAUCAACUGCCGCCGCCGUACACGUGUGUGUUGCCAAAACUGCAAGACGCGGCUACUUUGAUCCGCAUUGGGCUGCGCGGCAAUGUUACCCUGAUGGUACAUGGCUACCCGCCGGACCUGCACGCGGAACUUCAUCUGUCCCCCUACACCACCACACACAAGAGCCCAAGCAGCACUAGCUUGUCAACGACGGUGUGGCUGUCCCUGCCAACGUGGAUCGAGCGGUUUUGGCAAUUUGUGGGCAAUGUGUCGGGGACAUUAGGACUGUUCAAUGCGCUUCCGAUCCAUCACUUGGAUGGCAGCCACUUGUGUGCCAGCUAUUUGCAGCUUGUGGUGGCAGACGAGGCUACCAGAGGCCAAGUUUUAAAGAUCGUUCUGACCAUCGGAGACGCGCUAUUGGUGGCCGUGGGCGUCCUCUCCAUGUGGCCGUAGCAGCAUGCAUAGUAUUAUUUAUAUCGUAUCAACCAUGGUCACACUAUUGUGGUUCUUUGUGAAGAAAUGGCGCUUUCCCGCCUGUUUUGGCCAACAGCCGCGUUUCUUGAAUGACCAGGUCGUGGGAUAACGCCUUGCACAUGUCAUAAACGCACAGCGCAGCGAUGGACGCACCCGUAAGCGCUUCCAUUUCGACGCCCGUGCGUCCGGUACAUUUGACGGCGCAGUGGAUGUGCAGCGUGUUGUCGUCCUGGACGUGCAACGUGACUUUGCAGUCGUUCAACGCCAACGGGUGGCAGAAGGGAAUGAGGUCGCUCGUCUUCUUCGCACCCAUGACACCUGCCAAGAUUGCCGUGGUGAGAACAGGACCCUUUUUGCUCAUCAGUUCCGCGUCUUGGCGUAGGGACGCAAGGAUCCCUGCGGGAAAUCGAACGAUACUGCGUGCCACUGCUGUCCGGUCUGUGAUCGCCUUGUCGGUGACGUCCACCAUGGUGGGUUGCUUGUCGCUAUUGACAUGGGUAAGGCCAUGCUUGGCCCGACUCGGGAAUCCCGCUGAUCGGCCUAAAGGCAGCAAGAAAAUGGUCGCGCGAACGAGUGCCA